GAAUUUAAAGCCAUCAACGCCCUUUCUAUUUGUAGUUUAAACUUUAAACUACUCCUAACCCUUGGCAUUUAUAAUUUCACUUCCCCAUUUUCUCCUUCUUCUUCUUUAUCAGCGUACUCAUAGUUUCAGCUUUUGAUUUCCUCUUCUAAUCGCUUUUGCAGCCUUCCGAGGAAGUUGAAAUGGAAAACGGGAAUCAGUACCAGGAAGUUUCAAACGUGAAAUAUGAUUGUCUUCUAUUUGAUCUUGAUGACACCCUUUACCCUCUGAGCUCUGGCUUGGCGGUGCACGUGAGAAAAAAUAUUCAAGAUUACAUGCUUGAAAAGCUUGGAAUAGAGGAGACCAGACUUCCUGAAUUGAACGUUUCAUUAUAUAAAACUUAUGGGACAACUAUGGCUGGUCUCAGGGCUAUUGGGUAUGACUUCGACUACGAUGAUUUCCAUAGUUUUGUUCAUGGGAGAUUGCCAUAUGAUACGCUGAAACCUGACCCUGUUCUCAGGGGCGUAUUGCUAAGCCUGCCACUUCGGAAAAUUGUUUUUACUAACUCAGACAAAGGUCAUGCUGUUAGAGUGCUCCAUAGACUUGGAUUGGACGAAUGCUUUGAAAAAGUUAUAAGCUUUGAGACGCUGAAUCCCCCCAACUACGACCAUCCUCAUGGUGAUGAAGAUGGCAACAAAUCUGCAACAUUUGAUUUUUACGAGUGUAUGCGCCAGCCUCAUUCUGAUAUGGUGCUACCGAAGACCCCAGUUGUCUGCAAACCAUUUGAAGGUGCAUUUGAACGGGUUUUCGAGAUGGCCAAUAUCAACCCUCAGAGAACAUUGUUCUUUGAUGACAGUGUCCGCAAUUUACAGACAGCAAAACGCUUGGGCCUCCACACGGUCUUGGUGGGUACUUCCCUUCGGACCACAGGAGUGGAUCAUGCAUUAGAGAGCAUUCAUAAUAUUAGGGAGGCGUUUCCGGAGCUCUGGGAGGCCGAUGAGGAGCAUGAAAGGGUCAGGUGCUCAAGAAAGGUUGCAAUGGAGACAUCAGUAGUAGCUUAGCAUGAAAGGGUCAGGUGCUGUGGCAUCAAUAUAUCGUUGUUAAGAUGAAUUAGAAAACCCAUACCAA